CACGAGGUUGUGUUACGAUAAGAUUAAUGCCUCGGCAACAGCUCAGCACCAUCAUCAUCAUCAAACUAACAGGACCAUGAAGCUCCACGCCGCAUCGGGUGGUAAGAGCCGCAGCUUUGCCAUCGUCUUCAUCAUUGGGGCUCCGGGUGCGGGGAAAGGUACGCUGUCAGCUUAUCUCGCGCAAAAAUACAAUCUCGUGCACUACUCAGUCGGUGAUGGUCUGCGUGCAUGGAUGCGCGUGAAUCGCUCCACCGAGCUUGCCGCCAAGAUCCAGAACAAGCUUGACAAUCAAGGCUUUCUGACCUCUGAGGAUCUCAACCCAUUCAUUUAUCGCGAAAUUCUCGAAGCCAUUAAUCCCAAUGAACCGAAGGUGAAGGGUAUCUUGGUCGACGGAUAUCCACGAUGCAUUGAACAAUUGGACUCCUUUGGGACAUGGCCUUAUCAGGACACAGUGCCUCUCGCUGCAGGUGAUGACGGGAAGCUCAGUCUCCAAAUCAAGCCGGAUCUCGUACUAUCAUUUCAGAUCACAAAACAAAACGCCAAAGCCAGAUAUCUGAGCCGGGGCAGAGACACCAACGACAGCGCAGACAAGUUUGAGAAGCGCUUUACUGAAUAUGAGCUGGAGACUCUUCCUGUCGAGCAAGAGUAUCGAGAGCGUGGUAUCUUGGUAUUUAUUGAUGUCAAUGGAACCAAAGAGCAGAACAUCGAGGCUCUGACUAGUUCACUUCAGCAGAGUGGGUUUUGGAAAAAGGUUAUUAGCACAUAACAAUAAGAGUCUUGUUAGUCUCUUUGCCUGUAUUAAAUUGAGAGACUUAUCCUUGCUGAUGGGGUA